GGGAGCGGGGGCCAGACCUCUGCUUCCGGCUGCCAGAACCCGAGGCCACCAGCAGGCUCUCAGCUCCGGUCCUGCAGACCUGAGCGCAGGCAGAACUUCCCAGCCCGGGCUGGAGCGCCGGCGCGCGGCCGAGGCUGCACGCGAGGAGCUCAGCUGGUGAGCGAGUGCUGAGCCAGUUGGGCUACAGCCAUGGAGAAGCCACAUGGGCAUGGGUCUACUCACUCAGAGAUCCUCUCCUUGAAGAACGAAUGUGUGGCCACAAGUUCUGAACCGAAGACCAUGGAAAAACCACAUGGGGAUGUGGCUGCCCACCCAGACAUCCUGUUCUUGGAGAACCAGUGUGACCAUCUGUGCUGUUUCAAGGAAGAGAAAGAGUCAGACGAGAAGGAAGGGGAAACGGCCCAGAUGCCUUUUUACAGCCUAAUCUCGGGAGAAGCGGAGGAGUUGGAGGUGGCCCCCCGGCUUACCUACGGGCCCACAGACCUGUACCUUCAGCAAAACAAGAUGACGCUGAUGAAGUUACUGUGCUGUACUGUGGCCUCACAUGUAAACACGGAAAGUACAGUGGAACUCACUGAUUGCAUCCUUGAAAUCUGUGCUAAUCUUGGCCCCUUGGACCCGGAAUUCAUCCUCAAGGCGUCUUUGUAUGCCAGGCAGCAGCUGAACCUCCGGGACGUGGCCAACAAGGUCUUGGCUGUCGCCGCCUUUAUGCCCGCCUGCCGCCCCUACCUGCGACACUAUUUCUGUGCCAUUGUCCACUUGCCUUCCGACUGGAUCCAGGUCGCUGAGUUCUACCAGGAAUUGCAGAAAGAAAAGGGCAGUAAGCUGGUGCCGCUGCCUGCCUGCCUCCGGGCCGCUAUGACUGACAAGUUUGCUCAGUUCAGUGAGCACCAACUGGCCACGUACAGUCGGCAGGAGCACCGUGCCAGGAGUCGCCCCCGCCGACCACCACACCCUUCUUUUUCUACAACACGUUGUCCAACCUUCCUGUGGCAUAUUCUAAGAGUACAGGACAAGUUUGAGACGGAACAAAGGAAUCUGUCACGGUUCACCCUGAAGAAGCUGGUCCAGCGGCUGCAUAUCCACGAGCCUGCGCAGCACGUCCAGGCCCUGCUGGGCUGCAGGUACCCCUCCAGCCUCCAGCUCUUUUCUCGGAGUCGCCUCCCUGGGCCCUGGGACCCCAGCAGAGCUGGGAAACGCAUGAAGCUGCUGAGACCCGAGACCUGGGACCGGGCGCUGAGCCUUCAGGGGAACAGAGCUGCUGUCUGGGAGGAGCUCAUCGACAGCGGGAAGCUUCCCUUCACGGCCAUGCUGCGGAACCUGCGCAACCUGCUGCUGGUGGGAAUCAGCGCUGCACACCACGAGCUCGUCCUCCAGCGGCUCCAGCACGCGGAGUUGGUGAUCCACAGUGGGGAGUUGCCCUUCAGAUUCCUUAAUGCCCAUGAUGCCAUCGAUGACCUCGAGGCCGAACUCAGCAAUCAAGCACUGCCCUUUCCUUCUAAUACCGAGCUGCUGAGGCAGAUAAUGAUUAGAAACUCAAAACGUUUCAAGAAGUACCCACGGAGCCUUUGCAAGAUGAGUCGCCGGAAGCUUCGAACUACAAUGAUGGUCCCUGUGAUAUAUGAGCAGCUCAAGCGGGAGAAGCUGAGAGUACAGAAGGCCAGACAGUACCGUUGCGACCCUGAGCUGCUGGCCCGCUAUCGACAGGCCCUGGAGGCAGCCGUGAACCUCUCUGUGAAGCACAACCUUCCGCUGCUGCCAGGCCGCACUCUCUUGGCCUACCUGACAGACGCGGCUGCAGACCACUUUUGUGCCAAGAGCAAUGCACAAGGGCCCCCGCUGAACUAUGUGCUGCUACUGCUGGGAAUGAUGGUGGCGCGGGCAGAGCAGGCUGAGAUUGUGCUGUGUGGAAAAGGUGCACCGAAGAUUGCUGAGCUGGCGGCUGGGGAAGGCAUCCUGCAGAUGGCUCUCAGACUCCAGGCCCAAGUCCAGGAGUUGGAGGACGGGGAUGAGCAGCCCAUGUUUACUUUUGCUAAGUACCUGCUGUCUCUGGCUGCCCAAAGGGUCCCUAUGGAUAGGGUCAUCCUCUUUGGCCAUACACGGUGUCUUCAGGUGCCACUUGUACCCGAACACAUUAUCUGGCAGCAUGUGAAUCCCAAAUGUCUCUUUGCUACUGUCUUCUUAAAGAGAACGGAUGGAUUUACAAGUUGGCGUACCAACUGGGUGACGCUCUCAGGCUGCACAGACAGGAUACUGAAGUUCCUUGCAGAAUAUGGGGACUCACGUCUUCUAGAACAUGUGGGCCAGAUGGACAGACUAUUAAAGAUACCACCACUCCAGGGAGAGACACAGGUCCCGACUCCCCGGCCACUGGAAGACGAUGUUCCCAGCCCCUUGGCUCCUCUGUCACAGCAUGGCUGGCGCAGCAUCCGGCUGUUCAUUUCCUCCACCUUCCGGGACAUGCACGGGGAGCGGGACCUGCUGCUGAGGACUGUGUUGCCAGCACUGCAGGCCCGAGCCGCCUCCCACCGCAUCAGCCUUCAUGGCAUCGACCUGCACUGGGGCGUCACCGAGGAGGACACCUGGAGGAACAGACAGCUGGAAGUGUGCCUCGGGGAGGUGGAGAAGUCACAGCUGUUCGUGGGGAUUCUGGGCUCCUGCUAUGGCUACGUCCCCCCCAGCUACAGCCUUCCCGACCACCCUCAUUUCCGCUGGGCCCGGCAGUACCCGCCAGGCCGCUCCGUGACAGAGAUGGAGGUGAUGCAGUUCCUGAACCGGGGUCAAGGCCUGCAGCCCUGCGCCCAGGCCCUCAUCUACCUCCGGGACUCCAGUUUCCUCAGGUCUGUGCCCGAGACCUGGAGACCUGACUUCACCUCUGAGUCUGAAGAGGCCGCCCAGCGGAUAUCAGCACUGAAGAGUUACCUCAGCACACAAAAAGGGACCACCUGUCGCAGAUACUCCUGUGAAUGGCAGGGCAUAGCCGCUGGCCGGCCCUGCACCGGAGGACUAGAGGAGUUUGGGCAGCUGGUUCUCCAGGAUGUGUGGGGUAUGAUCCAGAAACUCUACCUACAGCCUGAGGCCGAGCAGCAGCUGCCAGUGUCCAUCCCAGAUGAUGACUUGGUGCAAGCCACCUUUCAGGAGCUGCAGAGUGCACCAAGCCCUGUCCGGCCAAAGCUGCUUCAGGACACAGUGAGGCAGCUCCUGCUGCCCCGUGGAAAGCUGACCGUUGUGACUGGGCAAUCAGGACAGGGCAAGACCACCUUCCUGGCAUCCCUCGUGUCUGCCCUGAGGGCUCCUGAUGGGGCUGAGGUGGCACCCACAGUCUUCUUCCACUUCUCCGGGGCCCGCCCCGACCAGACUCUUGCCCUCACCCUGCUCUGGCGCCUGUGUACCCAUCUGCAGAGAAAACUGCGCAAAGCCAGCACCCUCCCCAGCUCCUAUCGGGGCCUGGUGUGGGAGCUCCAGCAUAGGCUGCUGCCCACAUGCACUAAGACCCUGCAGCCAGGCCAGACCCUGGUCCUGAUCGUGGAUGGGGCUGACAAGUUGGUGAACCAGAAUGGGCAGCUGAUGUCAGAAUGGAUCCCAAAGUCCCUUCCCCGGUGGGUACACCUGGUGCUGAGUGUGUCUAGUGACUCCGACCUUGCGGAGAUCCUUAAGCAGAGCCAAGGUGCACAGGUGGUAGCCCUGAGGCCCCUGGAACCAUCUGCCCAGGCCCAGCUGGUGCGGGAGGAGCUAGCACUCUAUGGGAAGAGGCUGGAGGAGUCGCCUUUCAACAACCAGAUGCAACUGCUGCUAGUGAAGCAGGCAUCAGACCUGCCUCUCUAUCUGCGCCUGGUCACCGAUCACCUGAGGCUCUUCACCUUCGACGAGCAGGUGUCUGAGAGACUUCGCUCCCUGCCCUCCACUGUGCCCCUGCUGCUGGAGCACAUCCUGAGCACCCUGGAGCAGGAGCACGGCCACGAUGUCCUUCCCCAAGUCUUGGCCUCCCUUGAAGUCACACGCAGUGGUCUGACUGUGGAGCAGCUGCAUGCAGUGCUCAGUGCGUGGCAGAUUCUGCCCAAGGGAACCAAGAGCUGGGAAGAAGCGGUGGCUGCUGGGAACACUGGAGAGCCGUACCCCAUGGGCCCAUUCGCCUACCUCAUGCAGAGCCUGCGCAGUUUGCUAGGGGAGGGCCCUCUGGAGCGCCCUGGUGCCCGCCUCCACCUCCCAGAUGGGCCCCUGAGGACAGCAGCCAGACAUCGAUACGGGAAAUGGCAAGAGUUUGAGAACACAGCCCAUGUCCUUAUUGCAGCUCUGCUGUGGAAGACCUGUGACCCUGACGCUUCGGGCCUGUUCCACCAUUGUCCUCCAGAGGCUCUGGGAGACCUGCCCUACCACCUGCUCCAGAGCAAGCACCGUGGCCCCCUGGCAAAGUUCCUCACCAGUCUGCACGUGGUGGCCGCACACCUGGACUUGGGUCUGUUCCCCCGGCUCCUGGAGGUGCACGCCCUCUAUGCUUCUUUAGUCCCUGAGGAGGAACCAAAGCUCCCUGAGGCUGAUGUGGCAGCCUUCCACACCUUCCUGAGGCAGCAGGCCCCAGUCCUCAGUCGCUACCCCCGACUCCUGCGCCAGCAGGCAGCCAACCAGCCUGCAGACUCGCCGGUAUGCUGCCAGGCCCCGCUGCUCUCCCAGCGAGGGCACCUCCAGGGCAUGCUGCGAUGGCUCAAUAAACCCCAGAGUGCGCGGGGUCAACAGAGGUCCAGCAUGUCUCUAGCUAGUUCCUCAUCCCCCACUGCUGUGGCCUUUUCUAUUAAUGAACAAAGAGCAGCUGUGGGAACUGCCAAUGGGACGGUUUAUCUUUUGGACCUGAGAACCUGGCAGGAAGAGAAGUCUGUCAUGAGUGGCUGUGAUGGGAUCUCCUCCUGCGCUUUCCUCUCAGACAGUGACCUGUUCCUCACUGCCUUCAAUGGGCUGCUGGAGCUCUGGGACCUGCAGCGUGGCUGUCGGCUGCUGCAGAUGCAGGCUCACCAGUACCAAAUCACGGGCUGCUGCCUGAGCCCUGACCGCCGGCUGCUGGCCACCGUGUGCCUGGGAGGCUGCCUAAAGCUCUGGGACGCGGUCCAUGGGCAGCUUACCUUCCAGUACACAUGCGCCAAGCCCCUCAACUGCGUUGCCUUCCACCCAGAGGGGCAGGCGCUGGCCACUGGCAGCUGGGCGGGCAGCGUGACCUUCUUCCAGGUGGACGGACUGAAAGCCACAAAGGAAUUGGGGGCCCCCGGAGCCUCUGUUCGAACUUUGGCCUUCAAUGCACCUGGGCUGCUUGUGGCUGUGGGCCGGCUGGACAGAACAGUGGAGCUGUGGGCCUGGCAAGACGGGGCUCGGCUAGCCACUUUGCCUGCCCAUUGUGGCUGUGUUUCUGCUGUGCUUUUCCUUCAUGCCCAAAACCAGUUGCUGACGGCUGGCGAGGAUGGCAAGGUUCAGGUGUGGUCAGGCUCUCUGGGUCAGCCCCGGGGAUGCCUGGGCUCCCUUCCCCUGUCUCCUGCCCUCUCGGUGGCUCUCAGCCCAGACAGAAAGCAGGUGGCAGUUGGGUACCGAACAGAUGGUGUUAAGAUCUACAGAAUCCCUUCAGGUUCCCAGUGGGUCCAGUCUGAAAUGCUAGACGCGGCGGUGUCUGCACUGGCCUGGCUGAGCCCCCAGGUGUUGGUGAGCGGUGCAGAAGACGGCACCCUGCGGGGCUGGCUGCUCGAGGAGAGCGCCCUGCAGUCCCUCUGGCUCCUGCCUGGAAACCAGAAGCCAGUGCUGGGCCUGGCCACCUCCCCGCAGCUCCUGGCUUCUGCCUCAGAGAACUGCACAGUACGGCUCUGGCCCAAACAGUCGCUGACACGGCGGCUCAAGGCAGGAGAUGUGCCCUGUGCCACUGAGCUCCCGGGACACGAGGGCCCUGUGAGCUGCUGUAGCUUCAGCGUGGACGGAGGCAGCCUGGCCACUGGAGGCAGGGAUCGGAGUCUCAUCUGCUGGGAUGUGAGGACACCACAGAGCCCACUGCUGAUUCACACCUUCCGUGCCUGUCACCAUGACUGGGUCACUGGCUGUGCCUGGACCAAAGAUAACCUACUGAUCUCCUGCUCCAGUGAUGGCGCUGUGGGGCUGUGGGACCCAGAGUUGGGACAGCAGCUUGGUCAUUUCCUGGGUCAUCUGAGUGCUGUGAGCGCCGUGGUGGCUGUGGAAGAGCACGUGGUGUCUGUGGGCCAGGACGGAACCUUGAAAGUGUGGACCCGUGGAGGUGUGGAGCUGACCAGCAUCCCUGCCCACUCAGGACCCAUCAGUCAGUGUGCAGCUGCUCUGGAGCCCCACCCAGCCGGACAGGCUGGCUCAGAGCUUCUGGUGGUGACUGCUGGACUGGAUGGGGCCACACGGCUGUGGCAUCCACUCGCAGCUCAGCAGACGCACAUCCUCCCGGGACACAGCGGCCCGGUCAGUGCAGCUGCCAUCUGUCAGAGCUCAGGUCUUCUGCUGACUGCCUCACAGGAAGGUUCAGUGCGGCUCUGCGAGGUCCCUAAGGAAGCGGAUGACAGCAACACACCUAGGAGUUUUGCAGCCAUCACCUCUGUGGCCUGGGCACCGGAUGGCUCUGUGGCCGUGUCUGGAAAUCAAGCUGGGGAAUUAACCUUGUGGCAAGAAGCCAAGGCCGUGGCCACAGCGCAGGCUCCAGGCCGAGUGAGCACCCUGCUCUGGUUCUCAGCGGACACCUUCUUUGUUCUCAGUGGUGAUGAGAAGAUUAGCCAGUGGCGAGUGGAGGGGUUCGAGGGGCAGACAGGCUCGACUUCCAGAAGACUCAGUCUUCACCUGAAUCAAGUUCUGCAAGAAGUUGGAAUCUUGACAAGUCUGGAACUGGCCCCCGAUGGUCUUUCUCUCAUCAUGGUCACUGCAGAUUUGAAAAUACUGCAAAUGACACCUGGGAAUUCUCCACGGGUGAUUGCGCACAAGUUUGGGAUUCAUCCCAUCCUGCUGUCCACACACAAGGAGUAUGGUGUGUUCUACCUGAAUGCAAAGGAUCCUAAAAUUCUUUUUUUCCUGAAGCAAAAGGAAACAGGAGAGUUUCAGAGCAAUGUGCACUUCUACAUGCACUAUAAAAAUCCUAGUGGGACCUCGGUAAUGGUCACGCAGGCCAAACCCGAAUCUGAGUCCUCAUUGCUGCUUGCCACCUCUGAGGGAGUGCUGUGGACCCUGGCUGGAUGCACCUGUGGAGGAAAAUGGACCACAGGUAACAUCUGGCAGACAGAAGCACUUGAAGAUCAGGUUUCAGGGCCAGACCCAUCAGAUGCCAGCAUGGACAUCUCGUCGAGUACAGAGUUAAAGAUGCAGCAGUGUAGAAAGGUUCACUCAGACUCUGUCACAGCCCUCCAUGUGCUGCCUGAGUUGCUGGUGACAGGUUCAAAGGACAGAGAUGUCAAACUGUGGGAGAGAUCCAGUAUGCGGCUGCGCGGCCUGUUCAGAUGCGAAGGGGCAGUGAGCUGCCUGCAGCCCUGGCUGGGCCCUGACUCCACCCUGCGGCUCGCUGUGGGAGACACCCAGGGCAACGUGUACUUUCUGUCCUGCGAAUGAAACUGUGCUACUCAGGGGAAUCUUGGUCACUUGUGCUAGAGAUGCAAAGCCUGAAAAAUACUCCAGCUACCUCCUUCCUAAGAGUAUGCAAAUAAAGUGCCAGCCUUUCUUCA